AUGUCUGAUCCAGAGAGGGCCGACGCCAUCACCAAGUACACCGACUCGCUGCUCGAGUCGCGGAACUGGGAGGUCAAGCUGAAGAACCUGCGCCUGGAGAUCAAGGAUCUGGAGAAGGAGUUCAACAACACAGAGGAGAACAUCAAGGCAUUACAAAGCGUCGGCCAGAUCAUCGGCGAGGUUCUGAAGCAGCUCGACGAUGAGAGAUUCAUCGUCAAGGCCUCCUCCGGCCCUCGAUACGUUGUCGGCUGCCGUUCCAAGGUCGACAAGGCAAAGAUGAAGCAAGGAACCCGUGUCGCGCUCGACAUGACAACCCUCACAAUCAUGCGCAUGCUCCCCCGAGAAGUCGACCCCCUAGUCUACAACAUGUCCCUCGAGGACCCCGGCCAGGUCAGCUUCGCGGGUAUCGGCGGUCUCAACGACCAGAUCAGAGAGCUGCGUGAGGUCAUCGAGCUGCCCCUCAAGAAUCCAGAACUGUUCCUGCGUGUCGGCAUCAAGCCACCGAAGGGCGUGCUGCUGUACGGCCCACCAGGAACAGGGAAGACGCUGCUUGCGAGGGCUGUGGCGAGCAGCUUGGAGACAAAUUUCCUGAAAGUUGUCUCCUCCGCCAUCGUCGACAAGUACAUCGGUGAAUCCGCCCGACUGAUCCGCGAAAUGUUCGGGUACGCCAAGGAACACGAACCCUGCAUCAUCUUCAUGGACGAGAUCGACGCCAUCGGAGGACGUCGUUUCUCAGAGGGCACAUCAGCAGACCGAGAGAUCCAGAGAACGCUCAUGGAGCUGCUGAACCAGCUCGAUGGUUUCGACUACCUGGGCAAGACAAAGAUCAUCAUGGCGACGAACCGGCCCGACACACUCGACCCCGCGCUGCUGCGUGCCGGACGUCUGGACCGCAAGAUCGAGAUUCCCCUGCCCAACGAGGCCGGCAGGCUCGAGGUCUUGAAGAUCCAUGCCAGCAGCGUGGUCACAGAGGGAGAAAUUGACUUUGAGAGCGUGGUCAAGAUGAGCGACGGGCUGAACGGUGCUGAUCUGCGGAACGUGGUUACAGAGGCAGGUCUGUUUGCGAUCAAGGACUACCGAGACGCCGUGAACCAGGACGACUUCAACAAGGCCGUUCGAAAGGUCGCGGAGUCCAAGAAGCUGGAGGGUAAAUUGGAGUACAAUAAGCUCUAA